CUUCCUCUUGAUGUGGGCGGAGUUUCAGAAAUGUGAACGGAAAAGUUGAAGUCAGUUUCGAAACAGUAAUAUGGGAGUAAAACGUAUUGGCUGCGAUUUGGAAUUGUUGUGGGGCAGUUAGUUAAAGUACAAAUUAGCUGGAUGAAAGCAAAUGGAGUACAAGAUAUGGAUGGAUCAAAGUCACCUGCUUGCACGAUGCAGGUCAGUUUUGUUUGCCAGCGCUGUAGCCAACCGCUUAAACUGGACACAUCUUUCAAGGUCCUUGACAAAGUCACCAUCCAAGAACUGACAGCUCCUUUGCUUACUACUGUUCCAGAAAAACUGGGGGAUACACAGGAGGAAGAAACUGCUUUGACAGAGGAACUGUUUGUUGAAAAUCGCCAGGAUGGUGUGUCCCGAAGGUUCAUCCCUCCAGCCAGGGUGAUGUCAACUGAAAGUGCCAACAGCUUCACUCUGAUUGGAGAGGCCUCUGAUGGAGGCACCAUGGAAAACCUCAGUAGAAGACUCAAGGUUACCGGGGACCUGUUUGACAUCAUGUCUGGCCAGACAGAUGUGGAUCACCCUCUGUGUGAAGAAUGCACUGACACGCUUCUGGACCAGCUGGACACACAACUCAACAUCACAGAGAAUGAAUGCCAGAACUACAAGAGAUGCUUGGAAAUUCUUGAGCAGAUGAAUGAAGAUGACAAGGAGAAGCUACAGCUAGAGCUGAAGGAAUUUGCUCUUGAGGAGGAGAGACUGAUUGAAGAAUUAGAGAAGGUAGAGCAGAAGCGUAAGACAAUGGCUGAAGACUUUGAGAAGGUCAGAACUGAGGCAGAGCGGCUGGAUCAAGAGGAAACUGAGUACCAGAAAGAGUACAGUGAAUUCAAGCGGCAACAACUGGAACUGGAUGAUGAACUGAAAAGUGUUGAUAAUCAAAUGCGUUAUGCCCAAAUGCAGCUGGACAAACUAAAGAAAACUAAUGUAUUCAAUGCUACCUUCCAUAUCUGGCAUAGUGGACAAUUUGGUACAAUAAACAACUUCCGUCUGGGCCGCCUCCCCAGCGUUCCUGUUGAGUGGAAUGAAAUUAAUGCUGCCUGGGGUCAAACCGUGCUGCUUCUUCAUGCCCUUGCCAAUAAGAUGGGUCUGACCUUUCAAAGGUAUCGGCUCAUCCCAUAUGGAAACCACUCUUACUUAGAAUCUCUUAUGGACAAAUCCAAGUGGCAUCAAAGCCCCCCUUCUGCAAAUACAUGCAGUGCAGCUCAAAAUUGCUGCCGAAGGAUGGGCAUUCUUUGUGCCUGCUCUGCUUGGGUGAGAGGCACAUGGUUGACCAGGGCCCUCACUGCUAGGCCUUCAUGAAGCAGGCCUGCAAACACCGCACCAACCGACUCCAAGCAGAGUUCUGGAGCAAGGCUCUCAGAACAGUCAACACCUCAGUUGCACCCAACAUUUCCUGCUGGUCUACCAUAAUUUCACAAACAUCCACGCCUUAUACCACUGCCAUAGCUCCAUCUGUGGCUCUGGAAAAGUCAGUGAAACUGAAAAAGGUGAAAAUGUUGAACAAGAGGGCCGAAGAGGUGAAAGCAUCUGGAUCUUUAGGUGUUGGGAAUGAAAGGGACAGUUAUUCUUCGCAGAUACAGACCUGUCAAGUGAUGAGAGGAACCAGAAUUCCUAGAAACUGAAAUGGAAAAAGCAGAGGGACUUAUUUAUCAAUUUAUUACAUUUGUAUGCCACCCCCUAGCCAGAGGCUCUCUGUGCAGCUCAAAAAAUGAAUACCAAUAACACUCUAAACCAUAAAACAAUAGGAUUAAAAUACAAUAUAAAUACAACUGUAUAAAUAGAAAAGGAGGAAAUAUAAACACAAUAUAACCAAUAACAACAACCAAUAAAACAAUAAACCAGCAGCAAACCAAUAGUUCCAUCUAAAAAUAUAUACAAAACUUUAAAAAAGCCUUAACUUGGCACCAAAAGCAAGAUAAACUGUGUGCUUAUUACAAGGGCACCCUUUCAGGAUGUUCAGGUGUACACUGAGAUCAUUCAGGAUUUACAGCUAGAAAAAGGGGGCUUGGGAAAAGAAUUCAUGCUGCCAGCUGAGCCUUGCACGACUGUUGACUCCGUGGUGUUGGAAGAUACAGGCUGACCAACUAGAGGAGUAACACACAAAGAAGAGGCUUACCUGCCUCCAAGAAGGACAUCCCAGAAGGAAGGGGCCCCAAGGCUACUCAAAAGGAGAAUACUUGGAAGUAAUUGUUUGAUUGGGUUCUACAAAUUUGUUUGUGCAUGCUGCUCUGAGAUUCAUUCUUGGUUGUGCUUAUUGGAAGUGCCUUGGAGAAUAAAGAGUUUUUGCCAAAGAA